AUGCCCCCUGUCGUUGGACGCGCAAGUACAACUUGGGUCCGAACUCUGCUCCGCAUGUCAACAUCCCAUUCCUCAAUGGCUCAACAUCAACCUCCGCGCCCGUCUGCGAGUUUGAUCGUUGUCAACAAACACAACGAGAUUCUACUCGUCCAACGCAAUCAUGCGGCGCGAUCUUUUGGUGGAAUGCACGUCUUUCCUGGGGGAAAUGUUGACAAGACACAAGAUCAAUCCCUGACAAUGACCGCAAUACGGGAAACAUUCGAGGAGUCUGGUUUGUUGCUAGCAUCGUCGGCUUCUGACACAACGGCAUUGAGUUCUUUGUCGGACUCUUUGCUGGAUGAAGCCCGGCAUGCGAUUCACCAACAGAAGCUCAACUUCCAAACCUUCCUCACGUCCCACGAUCUGAAAGCCGACCUGGGUUCAUUGUUGCCGUUUACCGAAUGGAUUACCCCUGUUGGUGCUCCUCGGAGGUUUCAUACACGCUUCUAUGUGGUCUUUCUUCCCGCUUCUCCAUCGUCUGGCUUUUCGUCUGGCGCGAAACAAGAUAGAAUCCCUAAACCUGAUGGAGGUCGCGAAGUUAUUGCAGCCCGCUUUCUCCACCCCAUCGAAGCUUUGACUGAGUUCCAAAAGGGCGAAAUCAGUUUUAUGCCGCCACAGUUCUACAUCUUGUCAACCCUCGCCGAUAUUCUUCAAGGGACCACCAAUACCCGAGAACAAAGAGCUUGCGUGGAGGCUCUUUCAAGUGGUUUAUUUGGACGUAUGGUGAUCAAUCCCCUUCGUCUGCGAGAAGACGAGGAUGGUCGCACGAUUCUGACUUACGAAGGUGAUGAGUCCCGAGGCGGACCGAACGGACGUCUUCAUCGAGUCUUUUUCAAGAUUGGAAAAGCUGGGGCCGUGAAUGAGAUGUCACUGGUUAGAAAUUUCGACAUAUUUUCGGAAAUAGACGCUCAGGCGCACAAUAUACCACCGAAACUCUGA